UAUUUUAAUACAGAAGGCAACUUGGACGGAAGAGACGCAAAAGCAGUCGAAGCCUCAUCCUCUUCUGUCGUCUCCUCGAUCUCAUCCACUCUCAGCUUCCACUCUCGCCUCGAUCGAACUCUCUCUCCAUGAUACUCGCCAAAGCCAUCACGAUGGAAGCUGGAGGCGGAAGGGAGCCGCCUUGUGUCGUCUAUUGCCCGGACCGGCCCUCAUCGAUGGCCGUUGGCGGUAAUGGCCUGCCUUCGUCGGAGGACCUUGGGAAGAAGACCCGAAAGGCCUACACGAUUACGAAGUCGAGGGAGAGUUGGACCGAGCAGGAUCACGACAAGUUCCUCGAGGCCCUACAGCUUUUUGACCGAGAUUGGAAAAAGAUAGAAGCAUUUGUGGGGUCAAAGACAGUGAUCCAGAUAAGGAGCCAUGCACAAAAAUACUUUCUGAAAGUUCAGAAGAAUGGUACAAAUGAGCAUGUGCCACCACCUCGACCUAAGAGAAAGGCGGUUCAUCCAUAUCCUCAGAAAGCUGCUAAAAAUGUUUCUCAGAUACCUGAACCCAAAACUGUAUUCUAUGCAUCCUGUCCACUUGAUCCAGGCGUUUCUUCUACAAGAGAAAGUACAUCCAUGCCUGGGAACCACACUACCAUGACAGUUUCUUCUUUGAUUCAAAGAUCAGAGCAGCCUGUCAGUACCUGCCAUCUUAAGAAAGAUGCUGUAGUAAAUGCAGGAGUUUUGACAGCAAACAAUUCCAGCUGUACUAGCACUGAGAGCCCUGGAACAUGGUCUUCUUGUGAAGCAAUUGAUCAGGAAAAUUUGGUCACAUCUCUUCCCAUCAUGCCAGACUUCGCCCAGGUGUAUGGCUUUCUUGGCAGUUUGUUUGAUCCUAGCGCAAGUGGGCAUUUGCAAAAAUUGAAAGCAAUGGAUCCAAUUGAUGUUGAAACUGUACUAAUACUGAUGAGGAACUUGGCUUUGAAUUUGACUUGUCCAGAGUUUGAGGACCAUGGUGCUACAUUUCAAGUCAACUGUUAACUUUCAACAAUCAAUGUGAAGCCACAGUUAAUGGGCUUGAAGUUUGGUUAUACGAGACAGAAACUGAAUAUUCAUUAGCUGAACUCAGCUCCGAUUGACUUCUGAUAUUGUGCUUGGAAUCUGCAAAACCUGAUUGUUUCUUGUUAGAAACUAUCUGAACUUGCUACUCCUGGGUUUGUUGACUUGGAAUCUAAUAGUUGGAUGGCCUUUGCCUAUUACUGAUUUGGAUGUGUUUGCAUGUCUUCUGAAUUAGGAUUUACCGCCACACUUUCAACCAAAUCUUGUUGAACAUCUGUUAAGCAUGUGAAUUGCAUGCGAAGGAUAUGAUGACGAUGAUCACAUGGAUAAUCAGUAGAAUUUUCCCUCAACAUUUAUUGUUCUAAUCCAGAUGAACAGUAGACUAUUUGACUUUCAAAACUGAAAGAUAGCUGGAAGUUUAGUGGCUGUCAGUUCAUGUAGCAAUCUUUAUAGUUAGCUCAACUUUGGCAGAAUGGUCUGUCUGGCAAUAAUAAGGAACAAUUGACUUGAUGUUUGUGCAAUGACAUUUCCUUAGAAGAUACAACAUUGUCUGACACUGGUGUGUUCACAUUUUAAGGUGAUCUUGUAUGGCUUGCAAAAAAUUAGCUCAAGCAAGAGUAUUCGUUGUGGUCAUCCAUUUAUUUUAACGUCUAAAGAACAGUACUGAAUGUUGCAUGCUUACAAAUUAUUUUCUAUAUAGUCCUCCGUAUGUUUUUUUGGGACUCGUGUUUGCAUUAUUUAACUCUGGUUUCUUGUAAAUGGUUGCAACCCAAAUUUAUUCCUACUUUUAUCAAGAACACAUGUCACUUGCUAUUUUGAAAUUACUGUGCCUAAAUUUAUCUUGUCAAGGUCGCAUGUUUUUAGAUUUUUAUGCUUGUUACUAACUUACAGACUUACGAACUUUCUUACAA